CGACGACAAGCGUCGCUAGAUACUGCUAUUUGAUCUAUCACUGCCGUGUUGUGAGAGUACAGUGUCUGGAUCAUUGGUGAAAAGAAGACAAGGAACCGGUCAUAUUGAGAAUCCAACAUGUCUGACAAAAAGAUUAUAACAGUGUUUUGUGCCACCGGAGCACAGGGCGGUGCCGUAGCUCGUGCACUCAGCAAAGACCCGGAUCUGCACGUGCGAGCAGUGACACGAGACGUCAAUACUCAGAAGGCAGACAAACUAAAAAGCUUGGGUGUUGAACUGGUCCAGUGUAAUACUUCCAACCCCGCCAGUGUCAGAGAUGCCUUGUCUGGGGCGGACGGGUGCUUCAUUGUCACGCACACAGACUUCGGCAAACAAAACAGUUUUGAAAUGGAAGUACACGAAGGGCGACAGAUUGCAGACGCGUGCAAAGCAAUGCGCGUUGGCAGCGUGGUGUUUAGUACGCAGCGGUCAUCACGUGUCCUGGGUCUACAAACGCGUCACAUGGAUGCCAAGGCCGAAAUCGAGACGUACAUGCACGACCUUGACUUACCCCUCACUUGUGUCAUGGUUCCGUGCUAUUACGAGCAGUUCAUGGGACUGUUUAAACCAGAAAAGAUCGACAACAAUAAAUAUAUUCUUGAAAUUCCCAUGGGAACGACCCCAAUGCACCUGAUCGCGCUGGACGACAUGGGAGUGGUGGUGAGGCAGAUCUUUAACAACUGGCAGACGUUCAUCGACAAAACGAUCGGUAUCUGCGGGGACGUCCUCACAAUCCGGGAUGUUGCCGCCAUACUGACACAAGUGCUCAGACCGAAGACGUUCGCGGAUAAACCACUGACAGUGAACGACUACAGAAACAAGAAAGACUUCCCUGGAGUGAGCGACUGGGCGAACCUGUUCACCUUCCGCAUGAGAGUGGACCAGAUCUUCAACAUCCACCACACCAAAAUGAUCCAUCCACAGAUGAAAUCCUUUGAGGAAUGGGCAAGAGAAAAUGCUGAUACUCUACACAACGUCCUAUGAUCUGCGGUUUGAGGAAUAAGCAGAUGAAAAUGAUGAAGUUCUACACAAUGUCCUGUGAUUUGUGAAUUUCUGAGUGAAUAGUAUGCCCGAUAACAAUAAAGUUAACACUAAAGAAAAGACGUCAUUGUCCAACACAGUGAUAACAACAAUGACUUCAACAAAAAUAUUCAAUGUUAAUAUUUUAAGCCAGAAUUUUUUUUUUUUAUUAUCAGUUGGUAAUGUCUUUUUAUGAAUUUUUUAAAAUGUAUAGCAAAUAAUAUAAUUAUAUAUAUAUUGAAACCAAAUAAAAAAUUAAUAAAUAAAGGUGGACUAAACAUACUAAUUCUUAAAGUAGCUUUCCAGCAAAUUUACUAUAAAAAAUGUACGUCAAACCAAACUUUAAUUUUCACUUGGCAAACAACCAAUUAAACUAAGCUGAUAUAAUAUUCUUAUACAUAUUUACUAUGAUACUAAUUUUUAAGUAUGAUCUGAAAUGUUGCGGUAUUAUUGUUGUCAUUGUCAAUGUUGUUAUCUUGGAUUACCCAGAACUUCUGAAAUUUGAAUAAACAUAAUGGUGUGCAGGACAUUUUGCAGGAGAUUGGUCUAGAUUGUGAUGAGCAAACGUUUUAGGGGUGGUCACGUCAUCAUCCCCCAGAAAAUACACUGGCAAAAAAAGACAAUUCGUUUGGAGUAGAGGGGUUUCAACCUCCAACCCACCCCCCAUCUGCAUACAUGAUACUUGCCUGAUUUGUUAAAGUUAACACCAUGUCAGUAUUAAAGCAGUAUUACAAUGUUAUUUUGUGCCUACCUGCUUUGUUUGAGAAUGUUAUCUUUAAUGCAAAUGACAUAACUCUAUUUUGCUACAAAUGACAUAAAACGUUAUAGUUUUGCUAUCAGUAUUGCUUUGAAAGAAUAUUAGCUAAAGAUAUUUGAAAUUGCUUUAUUAUGUACACAAGAACUUUGGAGAAAUGCUAUUCUCAUUUGGUCACAUAUUGUGGUAUAUAUUGCAUCAAUAUAUAUACUGCAAAUGUUUAACCAAAGUACAAACUAUUAUACAAUAGAACAAAUAAAACUUAUAAUAGU